AUGGCCAAGAUUAACACCCAGUACUCCCACCCCUCCCCAGCCCACUCUGCAGUAAGCACCACGGACAGAGAUCUUGAUCACGUUGAAAAUGGCCUCAGCAGGACCCACUCGCCAUGCCAGGAGACAUCGUCAGAACUGCAGCAAGGGAUUGCCAUGGAGACCAGAGGACUGGCUGAACCCAGGAGACUCUCCUCCACUGGCCACGGGCCUUCCAGAUUGUCUCACCUUAUCAUCUCGCUGCGCGCCUGGGUCUCCAGGCACUUACACCGCCAAGACGGGAGACCUGACUCUUUUCUGGAGCGUUUUGGUGGAGCCGAGCUCAAGGAGGUGUCCAGUAGAGAAAGCAAUGCCCAGUCCAACGUGAGCAGCCAGGAGCCACGGAACAGAGGGAGAAGCGGCUGGCCCCUGGCCAGAAACAAUGUCAACUCCAGCAACAACUCAGAGAAGAAUGACAAGGCGAAAAAGGAGGAGAAAGAGAAAAAGGAAGAGAAAAAGGAAAACUGCCCCAAGCAAGAGGAAAAGAAGAAGGAACCCAUUGUGGUGGACCCCUCCAGCAACGUGUACUACCACUGGCUGACUGCCAUUGCCCUGCCCGUCUUCUAUAACUGGUGUCUGCUCGUGUGCAGGGCCUGUUUUGAUGAGCUUCAGUCUGACCACCUGAUGCUGUGGCUGGUCCUGGACUACUCAGCAGAUGUCCUGUAUGGCUUGGAUGUGCUGGUGAGAGCCCGGACAGGCUUCCUCGAGCAGGGCUUGAUGGUCAAGGACACCAAGAGGCUGUGGAAGCAUUACACAAAGACCUUGCAAUUCAAGCUGGACAUGUUGUCCCUGGUCCCCACGGACCUGGCUUAUUUUAAGCUCGGCAUGAACUAUCCAGAACUGAGGUUCAACCGCCUACUGAAGUUUGCCCGGCUCUUUGAAUUCUUUGACCGCACGGAGACGAGGACCAACUACCCCAAUGUGUUCAGGAUUGGGAACUUGGUCUUGUAUAUCCUCAUCAUCAUCCAUUGGAAUGCCUGCAUCUACUUUGCCAUUUCCAAGUUUAUUGGUUUCGGGACAGAUUCCUGGGUUUAUCCAAACAUUUCAAAACCUGAGAAUGCACGGCUCUCCAGGAAGUACAUUUACAGUCUCUAUUGGUCCACCUUGACCCUGACCACCAUCGGUGAGACCCCACCCCCUGUGAAAGAUGAGGAGUAUCUCUUUGUGGUCGUAGACUUCCUGGUAGGUGUCCUGAUUUUUGCUACCAUUGUGGGCAAUGUGGGCUCCAUGAUCUCAAACAUGAAUGCUUCACGGGCCGAGUUCCAGGCCAAGAUUGACUCCAUCAAGCAGUACAUGCAGUUCCGCAAGGUGACCAAGGACUUGGAGACACGGGUUAUCCGGUGGUUUGACUACCUGUGGGCCAACAGGAAGACGGUGGAUGAGAAAGAGGUGCUCAAGAGCCUCCCAGACAAGCUGAAGGCCGAGAUCGCCAUCAAUGUGCACCUGGACACUCUGAAGAAAGUCCGCAUCUUCCAGGACUGCGAGGCGGGGCUGCUGGUGGAACUGGUGCUGAAGCUGCGACCCACAGUGUUCAGCCCUGGGGAUUAUAUCUGCAAGAAGGGGGACAUUGGGAGGGAGAUGUACAUCAUCAAGGAGGGCAAACUGGCUGUGGUGGCCGACGAUGGGAUCACCCAGUUCGUGGUCCUCAGUGAUGGGAGUUACUUUGGGGAGAUCAGCAUCUUAAACAUCAAGGGGAGCAAAUCAGGGAACCGCAGGACGGCCAACAUCAGGAGCAUUGGUUACUCAGACCUGUUCUGCCUUUCCAAGGAUGAUCUGAUGGAAGCUCUCACUGAAUACCCUGAUGCCAAGAAGGCCCUGGAGGAGAAGGGACGACAGAUCCUGAUGAAGGACAACCUGAUUGACGAGGAACUGGCCAAGGCCGGGGCGGACCCCAAGGACAUCGAGGAGAAGGUGGAGCACCUGGAGUCCUCCCUGGACAUCCUGCAGACCAGGUUUGCACGGCUCCUGGCCGAGUACAACUCCACCCAGAUGAGAGUGAAGCAGCGUCUCAGCCAACUGGAAAGCCAGGUGAAGAUCUGUGGGACAGAUGUCGCAUCCGAUGGGGAAGCUCCUGGGGAUGCUACAAAAACAGAGGCCAAAUAACAGUAACAAUGCAGAUGUCUGUCUUCUGUCUCCCACGGUCCUGUCAGUGGGAUGCUCUGUGGCCGCAGGUAGACAACACGGGACGUGG